UAAACGAUGUGAAUUGGUUAAAACUGGAGGAAGAUAUAAAAAAAAAGAGGAAUCGACAUCUAAUAUACUUCUGUUUGUAGAUCUGUCGAAAGAAGAAAUUUAAAAUACGAGGGAAUUGAUAAAAGUUGUAGAUGGUAUUAUAGAGACAAGAAAACUAACACAAAAGCACAAGAAGAAUAGAACGAGCAAAUAAAAGAGGGCCGUUAUAGAGAAAGCUUCCACUUAAUACUAAUACUGUACUUAAAAAAUGAUAUUUACUGGAAGGAGCCAUAAACAAGUCUGUAACAUUUGGAAGAAAGUCUUACAAUGUCAAAGGCACCACAGCACCCUAAUAAGCCAAGCGAGAACGAAACUCAGUUCCCUCGGACAAGGACAAGUUCUGCUAGAGAAAGAUCCUUCGACUGGUAUUGCUGUCGUAACUCUGGAUCACCAAGAGAAGAAGAAUGCGUUGUCAGGGUCUAUGAUGGUACAGUUAGCAGAUAUUGCUGAGGAUCUGUCUCACUGGAAGGAAGGAAAGGGAAUGAUCUUCCAGGCAAAAGGAGAUUUCUUCUGCUCGGGUGGGGACUUGACAACCGUGAAGGCCAUCUGUAACCCUGAGGAUGGACUGCUGAUGUCCACUUUGAUGCACGAUACGCUCACCAAGAUAUAUUCGUCACCUCUUCUUACUGUUUGUCUGGUACAUGGCAAGGCCAUAGGAGGAGGAGCAGAGUUAACAACCAUCACAGACUUCCGACUGUUCACUGAGACUGGGGAGGUAUGUUUUGUUCAGGGUCGCAUGGGGGUUGUGACUGGAUGGGGAGGUGGAACGAGAUUGGUCAAGCUUGUCGGUGCAAACAGAGCACUGGACUUGCUGACAACGUCACGGAAGCUGGAUGCCAGUCUGGCACUAGAGGUGUGUUAUGCAGAUCAAACAGUCUCUUCUAAGGACAGGCUGAGUGAGACCAAGGUGUGGCUGAAGGAGCGACUGUCCUAUGAUUCAGAGGUCACACAGGCACUCAAGAGAAUUGUUGUUGAUGCCAGGGAUCUUCCAUUUGAAGACAGUCUGUUACAAGAGAGACGGAACUUUUCGCCGUUAUGGGGAGGACCUGCAAAUGUAAGGGCAUUGAAGGGAAAUCUAAAGCACAAGUAACUGUAUCUUAUGUACCAUUAAUUUAUCCCUGUUUUGACAAACUGGCUCAUCCCAUAUUUUAUUGUUUUUGAGUUUUCCAGUCAAAGUGUCUCAGUUGUUGAUACUUGAUAACAUAAAAAUUUCUGCUGUCUGCAUUGUCAGAUUUUCUAACAAAAUUUCCACAAAAGAUGAGCCAAUUAGAAGCUCUGAAUAUCAAAAUCUUUGGAGCCAAUUUUCUCAGACUGAUAAGAAAUUUGCUUAUGCCAGUUUAUCAAACUAGGAAAGAAUUGACAGCCAUCUAAUCAGGGUUUAUUCCUACCCUUUGUGUUGGUACACGUUUAUAUUCUUAUCUUACUCAUGAAUAUCCUGGUUUAGAUUUUGAUCUGGUGCAACAUUCAGGGGGCAGAGGUCACUGAUUUUACAGGAUCAGAAACCCAUUGUAAAGUAUUUGGUGCAAUUCUGUUAGCAUGGACAGUGGUGCCUCCUAGUAUAAGCAGGCUACAAUUAGCAUUCACAUAUGUUUUCCGGUGUAUAGUACACAAAUUUAUUUUGCCAAUAAUAUAGCAUAUGAAUUAUGUAAAAUGUUGAAGGAAAUUAUUAUACUUCUAAGUUCCUUAUAAUAGGCUAUAUAAUGAUGACAUAUUUUGCCAGUGACCAUUUGUGUUGAGGUAGGCCUGAUUACUUAUUAUGAAAUUGAUGUGUGAUAUGAUUAAUAGUGCCAAAUUGUGCCCAAAAUAAAAGUUUUGCAGGUUGUAAAUGUAUUAACUCCCUUUCAGAAAAAAGGGUUGAAAGUCAAUACAGGUACAGGACUCAUACCACUUGUAGUAGGUUGUGCCCUAUGUUAAUUUACCUGUUUUUCUAAUAACUGAUCUCCUCUUUCUGUAGUUCCCAUUACCUUCUGUUAAUUUUUUCAAAUGAACACCAUAAUACUCUUUAGAAGCUUGCAUUUCAAGUCAAUGGCCGCUUUGGUGGGCUUGUUUCAUAUGAAUAGGGUUCUUCAUGUUCUGAAUAAUACAUAAUAAUAAUAAUUUAUAAAGUCCCUGAUUUGGUGAUGUAAAGAAGUACUCCAUUAAUGAGUAAUCUCUUCCAGGAAUGUAGACAAUUAUGUUAGCAAAGGUAAUAUUUGCUGUACAUAGUGAUUUCAAGUAUAGCUGAAAAGCUAGUUGUAAUUACAGUAUAAUUUGUACAUAUCUCUUGGUAUAAAGUGCAUUGUAGUUAUGUUACAGUUUGUGGAAUAGCUAUUUUAGUUAAGGUAAUGUUCCUUCACUUUCCUUGCCUUCUGUCAAAUAUGUUAAUUUGAAGUGAAAAGAAAAUGGUAUAGCUACUAAACAGAUGCUGGUUGCUACAUAAUAAAGUACUGUAGUUUGGUGGACACUGGGACAGACAUUCCCUUACAUGGAGGGAUUAACAUUUAAUUUACAGCAUACCCUUACAGUUCUUUUGGGGAAAGGCUGAGCCCAGAAAUAGAUUUUUCCUACGUCAAAAUCCCUUUUAUAGCACAACCUAUCCCAUUCUUAAAAGUGAGAAAAAAAUUUAAAAAUUAUAAUCCCAAAUAUAAAAUUCCACUGGUAAAAUAUGUGAAUCAAUGACUGCUGGUACUUGAAAAUAAUAUAUUUUUCCCUUUUCAUUUAUGUUCUACUUGUAUCUGCAAAUGUACAUAAAUAUUUUUAUAUGAUCAAA